AAAGGAAAAGCGCGGAUGCUCAGAGGCGUUCAGCACCGCUGGUUUCCUGAGUGGGGCUUCAACCUGCUCGCAAAAGAAAAAGCGCGAAUGCUCAGAGGCGUUCAGCACCGCUGGAGCCGAGUCCACCACUAAGAAGUACGAAGAGCAAACGAACAAUUCCUGCAGCAAACGCGCAGGAUCCUGUUCUGAAGCGUUCAGCACUACGAAUUUCUUGGCCGCCAAGAUGGAACAUCCGCGUGCGUGGAACGGAG